GCCAUGGAAAACGGGGCCCUUUUCGUCAGGGGUUAAUCGCUAUCUUGUGUUGCCUUCAUUUUCUACCAUUUUCAAUUAUCACAUCAUAUCAAAUUUGAUUUUAUUUGUCUUUUUUUGAUAUUUUGGAUUCAUCAUUGUACGUGCGAAAUAGCGAAUAGCUUUGGGUUCAAUAAUCAUGGUUCUCCUUGAACUGUGAAUUUUGAAGAUUUCAUAGUAACAACAUUCUGGUUGCUACUUUCUCCAUGGCUGCUACUCCUUCUUCUACAUACCCUUUCGGAGUUCCUUUCCACUCUCUGGGUAAAAGAGUGGAUUGCUCAACCUCCCUGUUCCCCCUCCACGUGGAACUCUCUACAAUUUCUGUGUCCCCUCGUUCUACUUCGAAGGGAUUAGUUGAUCGAGUAUGUGCACAGCUUGAUAAUGAUGAUUACUACUGGGAGAAAGUUCCAACACCCAUUCUUGAUAUGGUUGAAAACCCUCUUUGCUUGAAGAACUUAUCUAUUAAGGAACUGAAACAACUAGCAGUUGAAAUUCGUUCAGAUUUGUCUUCUAUUAUGUCACGUACACAAAUAUCAGCGAAAGCAAGUAUGGCAGUGGUGGAACUGACAGUUGCAAUACAUUAUGUUUUCAAUGCUCCAGUGGACAAAAUAUUGUGGGAUGUUGGGGAUCAAACAUAUGCACAUAAGAUUCUUACAGGAAGGCGAUCUCUCAUGACAACAGUGAAAAGAAAGAACGGUCUUUCUGGUUUUACUUCCCGAUUUGAGAGUGAAUAUGAUGCAUUUGGUGCAGGUCAUGGAUGCAACAGUAUUUCUGCUGGACUUGGUAUGGCAGUUGCCCGGGAUAUUAAGGGCAGGCAAGAACGAGUAGUUGCAGUUAUCAGCAAUUGGACAACUAUGGCUGGUCAGGCAUAUGAGGCAAUGAGCAAUGCAGGAUACUUAGACUCAAACAUGGUUGUGAUUUUGAAUGAUAGUCGUCACUCUUUACUUCCAAAAAUCGAGGAGCGUCCAAAGACAUCUGUCAAUGCCCUAUCUAGUACCCUGAGCAAGCUCCAGUCCAGUAAAUCUUUCCGAAGAUUUAGAGAAGCUGCCAAGGGUGUUACUAAACGAAUUGGUAUGCAUGAGUUGGCAGCUAAAGUUGAUGAAUAUGCUCGUGGUAUGAUAGGUCCCCAAGGUUCUACUCUUUUUGAGGAGCUUGGGUUGUACUACAUAGGCCCAGUGGAUGGACACAAUAUUGAGGAUCUAAUAUGCGUUCUCCAAGAAGUUGCUUCCCUGGAUUCAAUGGGACCCGUCUUGGUACAUGUGAUAACUGAUGAAAAUCAGGGAGAUGAAAACAAUCAGAAAAGUGAUAUAACAGAUAUGAAACAAGAUGGUGGAAUUUCUUUUGAUCCUUUUAAAUAUGAUUCGUUAGAUAAUGUUGUUCGGCCUCAAACAUACGGUGAUUGCUUUGUGGAGACUUUGGUUGCAGAAGCAGAGAAAGACAAAGAUAUUGUGGUUGUUCAUGCUGGAAUGGCGAUGGAGUCAUCCCUUGAACUGUUUCAGGAGAAAUUUCCAGAUAGGAUUUUUGAUGUGGGAAUGGCUGAGCAACAUGCAGUCACCUUUGCUUCUGGUUUGGCAUGUGGUGGAUUGAAGCCAUUUUGCCUUAUACCUUCUUCCUUUCUGCAAAGAGCCUAUGAUCAGGUGAUACACGAUGUUGAUCAACAGAGAAUUCCAGUGCGCUUUGUCAUUACAAGUGCUGGAUUGGUAGGUUCUGAUGGUCCCCUCCAAUGUGGAGCAUUUGAUAUAACCUUUAUGUCAUGCUUACCAAACAUGAUUGUCAUGGCACCAUCUGAUGAGGUUGAACUCAUGCACAUGGUAGCUACUGCUACUCAUAUCAAUGACCAACCAGCCUGCUUUCGCUAUCCAAGGGGUGCCCUGGUUGGGAAAGGCUACACUGGAGGCGAUGGAAUCCCCAUCAAGAUUGGAAGAGGAAGAAUUCUUGUUGAGGGUAAAGAUGUUGCUUUCCUGGGAUACGGAUCGAUGGUUCAGAACUGCCUAAAGGCUCAUUCACUCCUUGCCAAACUUGGCAUUGAGGUGACUGUUGCUGAUGCAAGGUUCUGCAAGCCCCUUGACAUCAAACUUCUGAGGCAGCUUUGUAAACAUCACUCUUUUCUAAUCACUGUCGAGGAAGGAUCUAUUGGAGGAUUUGGUUCCCAUGUUGCCGAGUUUAUUGCAGUUAAUGGACUACUCGAUGGAAGAAUUAAGUGGCGACCAAUUGUCUUACCUGACAGAUAUAUUGAACAUGCAUCACCAAAUGAACAGCUUGACCAAGCGGGGUUGAGUGGACACCACAUUGCUGCCACGGCAUUGAGUUUGCUAGGCCGUACACGGGAAGCUCUGCAGUUUAUGUGUUCCUCCUGACUUGUUAUUUGCUUCUUGUCCUGCCCUUUUUCAAAUACCAUGAAUUGAAGUUGGAUAACUUCGAUUUGGAAGGGCAACAGGACAGAAAAGAUGUCAAGAAUGCCGUUUUUUUUUGUAUGGUGUAAUUGUUGUUAAAUAGUGAAAAGGUAAUUAACGGCAGUUUUUAUUUUUUGACGUCUAACAGUGUAAAUUGUUGAGAACGUGAAUUUUGGAUGCUGUAGUUUUAAUUUGGAAUUGUAAGAUAAGAAUGUCAUUGUGA